UAAGCUGUGCUGUCAGACGUCCUCAGCAUCACGCUGGACGCUGGAAACAGAUUCUCCAGCGUUAGUGAGGCUCUGCAGACCGGCCGUGGGUGGGAGAGAGAUACAGAAAGAUGAGGAGGAAUCAGGUGUGGGGAGCUUCUGCUGGAUGUGAGCCGGUCUGAGGGCUCAGUGAGGAGGCAGGAGGAGAGCCGAGUGGAUCUGUCUGCCGUGGGUCUGAUCCUGGAGUGGAUCUGUCUGCCGUGGGUCUGAUCCUGGAGUGGAUCUGUCUGCCGUGGGUCUGAUCCUGGAGUGGAUCUGUCUGCCGUGGGUCUGAUCCUGGAGUGGAUCUGUCUGCCGUGGGUCUGAUCCUGGAGUGGAUCUGUCUGCCGUGGGUCUGAUCCUGAAGUGGAUCUGUCUGCCGUGGGUCUGAUCCUGGAGUGGAUCUGUCUGCCGUGGGUCUGAUCCUGGACGUCCACAGAAACCAGGAAACCCAGAGGAGAAGUGUUGGUUUUCUCUGAUUAGUCGCAUCCAUAGGCGUCGAAACACAAGGUGGAUCUGUUCUACAAGGUCCGCCACGUCAUGAUGGAGCUGAUGGACCUGAGGAGACAGCUGCUGUCCGGUCAUCUAACCCAGGACCAGAGCCGAGACGUCAAGAGACACAUCACUGUCCGCCUGGACUGGGGCAACGAACACCUGGGUCUGGAUCUGGUGCCCAGAAAGGAGUUUGAGAUGGUUGAUGAGGACCAGAUCAGCGUGUCAGACCUCUACAAGAUGCAUCUGUCCAGCAGACACAGCGUCCAGCAGAGCAGCACUCAGGCCGACAGUAACCGGCAGCGACAUGGAGAACCUUGCAGGGUUCCGGUUCCUCACCACCUGCUGGUCAACCUGAAGAGCUUCACCUACAACAGCAUCGGAGAAGACACGGACAUCUUCUUCUCUCUGUACGACCUGCGGGAGGCCAGGACCAUCAGUGAGAAGUUCAUGGUGAGGCUGAACAAGAACGGAGGACCGAAGAACCCGGAGAAGGUGGACCGUCUGUGCGCUCUGUUCACGGACCUGAGCAACAAAGACAUGAAGAGAGAUCUCUACAUCGUCUCCCAGGUCAUCAGAACAGGUCGGAUGCUGCUGAAUGACAGUAAGAAAGGUCCUCCACACGUCCAGUACCGCCGGCCGUACGGCUGCGCUGUUCUGGCCAUGAGCGACGUCCUGCAGACCAUCUCAGAGCUCAAGGAGGAGAAAGACUUCGUCCUCAAAGUCUACACGUGCAACAAUGAGAACGAAUGGUACCAGAUCCACGAGAACAUCAUCCGCAAGUCCAGCACCAAAUACACGGCGCCCAGCACCAGCUAUGGUCUGAUCAUCUCUCUGCAGCUGCUGCGAGGCGACAUGGAGCAGGUCCGCAGAGAAAACCCUCUGAUCUUCAGCCGGGGCGUCGCCAUCACCCGCAAACUGGGCUUCCCGGACGUCAUCAUGCCCGGAGACAUCCGGAACGACCUCUACCUGACUCUGGAACGAGGAGACUUUGAGAGAGGAGGGAAGAGCGUCCAGAAGAACAUCGAGGUGACCAUCUACGUUCUCUACGCCGACGGAGAGAUCCUGAAGGACUGCAUCAGUCUGGGUUCAGGGGAACCCAACCUGCCGGAGCACCGUUCCUUCGUCUGGGUAUCCACACUUUAUCUCUAG